UAAGACAUCAUAUGGUUUCUCAACGCCCAUCUCUCUCUCUCUCUCUCUCUCUCUCUCUACAUAGUUCUUAAUAUCUCACUUGUUGAUGGAGAAAAAGGAAAUUAAAGGCAGCCGCCGACUCAUUUGGACCCAAAAAAAAAGUUUGCCUUUCUUUGAAGUCAAAACCAUUAUCAGUUCCACCUACAUACAUACAUAAAAGUAUUCUUUUGGGCACCCAAAAAGAAGUCUUUUUUUCUUCAUCUCCAUUCCAUUCUUUUUCUGCAACCUCAUUUCCAUUUACUUUUUCUCUUCUGGGCUGGAGUUGUUUGCUAUAAUAUUACCCUUUGUUCUGCAUGUUUCUUUGAGCUUUCAUCACGGGAGAAGUUGUAAUGAGAAGCAGAAAGAUCUUGAUUUGAGGGUGGUUUACUGCUUUUAGUCUCAGCUGUUGCUGUUCUGCUAUCUAUCUAUCUAUCUAUCUAUCCCCUUUACAUGAGAUGACUGUGUUGGUUUUCUGUAUAGUUUUCAUCUUUCUUGGAUUUUCUACUCAAGCUCAGAACUUUACAUGCAGCCCAAAAGAUUUGGAUUCUCUCAGGGCUUUUGCAGAGCACCUGGAGUCAGGUGUUGAUGUGUGGGGAUUCAAUGCAUCCUCACCCAAUUGCUGUAGUUGGGAAGGAAUAACUUGCAGUUCUUCAUCCUCUCUGGGACUGAAUGAUCGCAUCAACUAUGGUAGGGUGGUUAAGCUGGAGCUUGGGAGGAAGAGGCUUCUUGGAAAUAUUUCAGACUCUUUAGGCAAUUUGGAGCAGCUUAGAACCCUCAAUCUCUCCCACAACUUCCUCAAAGGCUUCAUUCCUCAGUCAAUUUUGCAUUUGCCCAAGUUAGAAAUCUUGGACUUGAGCAAUAAUGAAAUCUCUGGAUGGUUCCCAAGCAGCACAAACCUGCCUUUAAUCAGAGUUGUUAACAUAUCUGAGAACUCCAUCAUGGGUUCUGUCCCUGUGGGGAUUUGCAGCAACUCAACCAAGAUUUCGGUUAUGAACAUGGCAGAGAAUAAUUUCACUGGGAUUCUUCCUCUGGGGCUUGGGAAUUGUACCUCAUUGGAGGAACUCUCCCUUGCUGCAAAUUUUAUCUCUGGUGGUUUGCCUGAAGAUAUAUUCCAGCUACUGAAUUUGAAGAAGUUGGCUCUUCAGGAGAACCUGUUUUCUGGACAGCUGAGUAACCUCAUUGGUAACCUCUCUAAUCUUGUUGAAGUUGAUUUAUCUUUGAAUGAGUUUUCAGGAAAUCUUCCGGAUGUAUUUGAUAAAUUUGUGCAGUUGCGACAAUUUUCAGCUCAAUCCAAUAGGUUCAGUGGUAAAAUACCGACUUCGUUGGCGAAUUCGCCAACUAUUAGUACAAUUAGUUUAAGAAACAAUUCUUUGGGAGGUACGAUUGAUCUCAAUUGCUCGGCAAUGGUUAAUCUUGUUUCGCUUAACUUGGCUACUAAUCAAUUUCAUGGGGAGAUCCCUAGAAAUCUUCCAACCUGUCCAAAGUUGAGAACGAUAAAUUUUGGAAGGAAUAACUUCUCUGGGCAAGUCCCAGCUAGUUUCAAGAAUUUUCAGAGUCUUGCGUACAUUUCGCUCUCCAACUCCAGCAUUUCCAACCUUACUGGUGCAUUAGAAAUUUUACAACACUGCAGAAACUUGACAACAUUAGUUCUUACUUUGAAUUUUCGUGACGAAGAAAUGCCUAGUAAUCCUAGUCUCCAGUUUGUUGGACUGAAGACCCUUGUUAUUGCCAAUUGCAGACUCACUGGUCAGAUUCCCCAGUGGCUGAAUGGCUGCAGGAAUUUGCAAUUAUUGGAUUUGUCGUGGAACCACUUGGAAGGUUCAAUUCCAUAUUGGUUUGGAAACUUGUCGUCUCUGUUUUAUUUGGAUUUAUCCAACAACUCGUUUACGGGGGAGAUUCCGAAGGAGCUUACUAGGAUGCAGAGCCUCAUUAGCGGUAAUGUCUCAAUGGAGGAACCAUCCCCAGAUUUCCCGUUCUUUGUGAGAAGGAACCAAAGUGGGUUCAAGUAUAGACAAGUUGUCAGUUUUCCUCCAACGCUGGAACUAGGCAACAAUUUUCUCACAGGACCAAUCUGGCCAGAGUUUGGCAAUCUGAAAGAGCUGCAUGUUUUGGAUUUGAAAUGCAAUAAUCUAUCUGGACCUAUCCCGAGCAGUUUGUCUGGCAUGACGAGCCUAGAAACUUUGGAUUUGUCUUUUAACAAUCUGAAUGGAACAAUACCAUCUUCUUUGAGUAGGCUCAGCUUUCUGUCAAAGUUCAGUGUUGCCCACAAUGAUCUCUCUGGAGCUAUCCCGACUGGAGGUCAGUUCCUGACCUUUCCCAACUCAAGCUUUGAAGGUAACCCAGAUCUCUGUGGAGAGCAUGGUCCUCAUCCUUGUCCUGAGAGCAGCAAAAUUCCUCACAUAUCAGCUGACAGAUCAAAGAAAUCAAGGGGCAAGACUAUAGCAAUGGGUGUGGGCAUUGGUCUGGGAACUAUUAUUCUUCUUAGUCUAGUCUCUUUAAUUAUUGUGUGCUCAUGUAAGCGAAGAGUUGUCAAUCAAGAAAAAGAGGAUUCUCAUACCAUUGAGAAAGGCUUCGAAGACACAUCAAGUCUUGUUAUUCUAUGUCAGAACAAGGACAGCAAUAAAGGGAUUCUUCUUGAUGAUCUUCUGAAGGCUACCGACAAUUUUGAUCAGUCCAACAUCAUUGGAUGUGGGGGUUUUGGUUUGGUCUACAAGGCUGUCUUCCCUGAUGGAAGGAAGGUGGCUAUAAAACGGCUCUCAGGCGAGUAUUUUCAGAUGGAGAGGGAAUUCCAAGCUGAAAUAGAGACCCUCUCAAGAGCUCAACAUCAGAAUCUUGUCCAUCUUCAGGGAUACUGCAAGUACAGGACUGACAGGUUUCUAAUAUACACAUACAUGGAGAACGGUAGUCUCGAUUACUGGUUGCAUGAGAAAACCAAUGGGCCUACCUCAUUGGACUGGAGAACAAGGCUGCAAAUCGCCCAAGGGGCAGCCAGAGGCCUCGCUUACUUGCACCAGUCAUGCGAACCUCAUAUCCUCCACCGUGAUAUAAAGUCAAGCAACAUCCUUCUGAACGAGAAAUUUGAAGCGCACUUAGCUGAUUUUGGCCUUGCAAGGCUCAUUCUUCCUUACGAUACACACGUCACAACCGACCUCGUUGGAACACUGGGCUACAUCCCUCCAGAGUACGGCCAAGCCUCAGUUGCAACUUACAAAGGGGAUAUAUAUAGUUUUGGCGUCGUUCUUUUAGAGCUUCUAACCAGCAAGAGGCCGAUGGAUAUGUGCAGACCAAGAGCAUCCCGGGACCUGAUCUCGUGGGUUGCUCAAAUGAAACGAGAGAAAAGGGAAACCGAAGUGUUUGAUCCAUUCAUUUACGACAAACAACAUGCUCCACAAAUGCUAACCGUUCUUGAGAUUGCUUGCCUUUGUUUGAGCGAGAACCCAAGGAUACGGCCUUGCACUCAGCAGCUAGUUUCUUGGCUUGACAACAUUGAUUCAACAUCUACGUUGGAUUCAAGCUAGAGGAAGAUGAGUUGUCUUUUAAAGCUGAAGAACAAUGUAGUCUCUCAUUCUUAGAAGAGUAAGUUCUCCAUAAUUUGGUAAUUUAGUCAUUCGAU